AUGAACGAAGAAGAUUCCACUAAUAAGUUCGUGCCAGAGUACAGGCGUACGAAUUUCAAGAAUAAAGGUAGAUUCUCUGCCGAUGAAUUGCGUCGUAGAAGAGACACACAGCAGGUCGAGUUGAGAAAGGCCAAGAGAGAUGAGGCUUUGGCGAAGAGAAGAAACUUUAACGCUGCAGGCGCUUCUCAUGCCGAUGCCUCUGAUUCAGAAGAUGAGGAUGACGUUUCAGCUGCCGAUAAACAGUUUUACGAUCAAUUGCAAGUCGAAUUACCACAAAUGAUUAAACAAAUUCAGUCAAACGACAUGCAAGAACAAUUAAAUGCAACAGUCAAAUUUAGACAAAUAUUAUCAAGAGAAAAUAAUCCCCCAAUCGAAUUGGUUAUUCAAUCUGGUGUCGUGCCAACUCUGAUAAACUUCAUGAAUGAAAAUCAACCGGAAAUGUUGCAAUUGGAAGCAGCUUGGGCUUUAACCAAUAUUGCAUCCGGUUCAUCAUCACAAACCCAAGUAGUAGUCGAGGCUGGUGCAGUUCCAUUGUUCAUUCAGCUGUUGUACACAGGUACCGUUGAAGUCCAAGAACAAGCUAUUUGGGCUUUGGGUAACGUCGCAGGUGAUUCCACACAAUACAGAGACCAUGUCCUACAAAGCGGGGCUAUGGAUCCAAUUUUAGGGUUAUUCAACACAAACAAAACGUCUUUAAUUAGAACAGCUACCUGGACUUUAUCCAAUUUAUGUAGAGGUAAGAAACCGCAACCAGAUUGGACUAUUGUCUCAAAGGCUUUGCCAACUUUAGCAAAGCUAAUAUACUCUUUGGAUACCGAGACUUUGAUCGAUGCUUGCUGGGCUAUCUCGUACUUAUCUGAUGGUCCUUCCGAAGCUAUCCAAGCUGUUAUUGACGCAAGAAUCCCAAAAAGAUUGGUUGAAUUGUUGACCCAUCAAUCAACUCUUGUUCAAACACCUGCUUUAAGAGCGGUAGGAAACAUUGUUACUGGUACUGAUUUACAAACUCAAGUUGUCAUCAAUUCUGGUGUCCUCGUAGCUUUAAGACACUUAUUAUCUUCUCCAAAGGAAUCCAUUAGAAAAGAAGCCUGUUGGACUAUUUCAAAUAUCACAGCUGGUAACACUGAUCAAAUUCAAUCCGUAAUAGACGCUGAUAUUUUACCAUCCUUAAUCAGGUUAUUGGAAACGGCAGAUUAUAAAACUAAAAAGGAAGCAUGUUGGGCAAUCUCCAAUGCCUCCUCUGGUGGUUUACAUAGACCGGAAAUAAUUAGAUAUUUAGUUGCUCAAGGUUGUAUAAAGCCAUUGUGUGAUCUAUUAGAAAUUGCUGACAACAAAAUCGUUGAAGUCACUUUAGAUGCAUUAGAAAAUAUUUUGAAGAUGGGUGAAGCCGAUAAAGAAGCUCGUGGGCUUACAAUUAAUGAAAAUGCUGAUUACAUAGAAAAAGCUGGUGGCAUGGAAAAAAUCUUCAACUGUCAACAAAACGAGAAUGAUAAAAUUUAUGAAAAGGCAUACACUAUUAUUGAAACUUACUUUGGUGAAGAAGACGACGCUAUUGAUGAAAACAUGGCUCCACAAACAUCCGAGAAUACUUUCGGCUUUGGUUCCAAUGUUAACCAAACAUUUAAUUUUAAUUAA